AUUAUUUCUUCGAUCCUUCAAUCCAAAUUUCCUUGGCCAGUCAAUUGCUGUCACUUUUGACACUUGGCUUCUAACUCCAAAUUCAAUGACCCCACGUGCCUCCCCGCGUGACAGGGCUGAUAAACACUGAAAAGCAACGCUAUUUCACGGUCGCAGAUAUCGGAGAACCGGUCGUACUUUGCCACAGAAAAAAUAUCUUCACCUCUACCCUCUGAACUUGCCCAUCAAAAAGGUUGUUUUGAUUAAAAUGUUUUGAAUUUUUUAAAUUAAAAGUGAUAAUUCUAUAAAGACAAAAAAAAGGUUGUUCUUCAGUUUAAACUUUAUCAUAUUUAAUCGUAGCAGUUAAUAUAUAUAUUUAUUAAUAAUUCAACAAAACAUAAUAUCUGAAAUAGUAUCAACAAAACAUAGCAGUUUAUAACUUUCUUCCAUGCAACGUUAACGUCUCUCUCUCUCUCCCUCCUACUCUGGCUUCUUCAAUUCCACAGAAUGCAGAGCACUGUCUUAGCUCUGUCUCUCUCGACCCCAUUUCUCAAACUCACACAGAUUUCACACUCAAAGUCUCCGAAACUACCCGGCUUCAACUUCGUCCUUGGACUCCCAAGGCAAAGUCCUCUGCUUGCACUUUCUUCGUCACGCUUUAGCGCGCGAUUAUGUGGCUCCUUUUUCCUUUCGAACCGAAGAGGCAAUAGCCUUAAGGUCAGGGCUGCUUCGGUGCCCGAGAAUGCGGAAGAUACCGUGAAACCGAGCGGUGUGAUUAACACUUUGCAGCUCGGCACUAUGUUUGGGGCUUGGUACAUUUUGAAUAUCUACUUCAACAUCUACAACAAACAGGUUCUAAAAGUCUACCCAUUUCCUGCGACGGUUACCGCAUUUCAAUUUGGGUUUGGGACUUUGUUGAUUGCUUUGAUGUGGGCAUCCAAUAUUGUUACCAGGCCAAAGAUCACGCCUUCCCAGUUUGCAGUGAUUUUUCCACUGGCUGUGGUGCACACGAUGGGGAACCUCUUGACCAACAUUAGUCUUGGGAAAGUUGCUGUUUCAUUCACCCACACAAUCAAAGCUAUGGAGCCCUUUUUCACGGUUUUACUCUCAGCCCUGUUUCUUGGAGAGAGGCCCACUAUCUGGGUAGUUUCUUCCCUCAUGCCAAUUGUAGGUGGAGUGGCUCUGUCAUCUUUCACUGAGGCCUCUUUCAAUUGGACUGGUUUUUAUAGUGCAAUGGCCUCCAAUCUUACAAACCAAUCCCGUAAUGUAUUCAGCAAAAAGUUUAUGGUUAAGGAAGAGGAAACUUUGGACAAUAUCAAUCUUUUAUCAGUAAUAACCAUUAUUUCUUUUAUCCUGUUGGUUCCUGUGGCUAUUUUCUUGGAAGGCAUCAAGUUUACUCCUUCAUACCUGCAAUCCGCUGCAAAUCAAGGUUUAAAUGUUAAAGAACUAUGUGUGAGAACAGUUCUGGCUGGGUUCUGCUUCCAUGGUUACCAGCAGGUCUCCUAUAUGAUAUUACAGAUGGUAUCGCCUGUUACCCACGCAGUUGGAAACUGCGUGAAGCGGGUGGUGGUCAUAGUCUCCUCAGUUUUCUUCUUCCAAACCCGUGUGUCACCCAUUAACUCCCUUGGAACAGCCGUGGCUCUUGCUGGAGUCUUCUUGUAUUCUAGAGCAAAGCGGAUAAAGCCAAAGCCGAGGACUGCUUGAUUUAUUCUGCAAAGAGACGGAAAAUGAUAGCAACUUGAUGUUACAUAUUUUAACAUGAAACAUUAAAUAUAGAGAUUUUCGAUUUCCUAUGAUCCACGAUAAUAAAUAAUAAUAGUUAGA